AUGCAGAAAAUUGAUUGUCCAGAUUCUUACAAGAAGGAAAAUGCGUGUGCUAUUUAUUUUUAUGGACUUUUUUACAAAGUUCGCACUAACUUUACAGAAAAUUUUUAUAAAAAAUACAUUGACAAAAUUAAAAAUAUGAAUGAUCCUAUUUUAAGACAUACUGCUUUAUAUCUGAUAGAAAAUUAUGAAGAAUCCAAGGUUUAUUUUGAUAAUAUUAAGUAUUGGAAAAGUUCACUUGCUUGUGAAAUGUUGAACAAAUGGUUGGACAAUAAGAGAAGCUUCUUCACACAUGGAGAAAAAUGUGAAACAAAUGUGAAUAUGUGGAAAAAUCAUAUUGAAUCAAUAUGGGAUGAUCUUAAUAAUAAUAAUACUAGUGCAAAUAAUCGUUGUGAAAGGAAAGAAAUAUAUGCAGGAAAUGCUUACAUUCCUAGUGAAUUACUUCCUCCUGUAUGUUAUUUGCAUGUACCAGAGAAUUAUGUUUGUGUCCAAGAAUUACCAAGUCAUGCAAAUACGGUAAAAAGUAUGUGCCCAAGAAUUAAGGAUAUUUGUACCAGAUGUAAAUCAAAAGAGCUUCCAAAGUUAAGCACCCCUGAAAACGACAAUGUUCAUAUUGGAGAAUGCCCUCUCAUUGAUAAAACUGAAUUUUUUUCUUCACCACAGCGACAAAUAUACUGUGAAGAAUGUCCCUCAACGGUAAAUACUGUUGCUUCAACAGUAUUUUCAACGUUUUUGGGAACUUAUAUUAUUCUUUUUUUACUAUAUAAAUUUACCCCUCUUGGAUCUCUGUUGUCAAAACGAACGAUAAAGAAAAAGAGACUAAAGAAGAAUUUUAUGCAAGAAGUGCCAUACGAAGAAUGUGAAAGUCCAAGAAAUAAUAACACGCAGCAUGGGAGCAUAAGAAAUAAUAUAUAUUACCAAUAUAUGCAGAAUUAG